AUGACUAAUUUACUGACAAUAGAAAACUUUAUCGACGGUCGAUUUGUUCCCUGUGAUCAUCUUAUUGAUAGUUUUGAUCCGUCAACAGGCGAAGUGUGGGCUAAAGUGCCAAACAGCAGCUCUCAGGUCGUCAACGAGGCGGUCGCCGCUGCCAAGAAGGCAUUUAUAAGCUGGUCAACCACACCAGUGGAGCAGCGAUCAAAAAUUCUUUGUAAAAUUGCCGACCUCAUUGAGGAGAAUAUGGAGGAGCUUGCAAAGUACGAGUCCAAAGAUCAAGGCAAACCGGUCAGUUUGGCAAAGCGUGUUGACAUACCAAGAGCCGUGCACAACUUCCGCUUUUUUGCUUCUGCGAUUCUGCAUUCAGUGAAUAAGUCAUCCAUUCUUGAAGGUGCCCAAGCUAUGAAUUACACUCAAAAGGUACCAGUGGGAGUUGCUGGUCUCAUCAGUCCAUGGAACUUACCUCUCUAUUUGCUGACAUUUAAAUUGGCUCCUGCACUGGCUACUGGCAACACAGUUGUAGCAAAGCCAAGUGAAAUGACAUCAGUGACAGCGUGGAUGAUGGCGAAAUUCUUCAAUGAAGCGGGACUGCCACCUGGUGUUUGCAAUCUCGUGUUUGGCACAGGCCCAGAAACAGGCGCUGCCAUUGUCCAACACCCAGACGUGCCUCUCAUUUCAUUCACUGGCAGCACAGCAACGGCUGAAAAGAUCGCCAUCGCAUGUGCUCCAUUCUGCAAGAAACAAUCAUUGGAACUUGGUGGCAAGAAUCCAUCGAUUGUGUUUGAAGAUGCCGAUUUGAACAAAUGUGUCCCAACAUCAAUACGAUCAAGCUUUGCCAAUCAGGGAGAGGUGUGCCUCUGCAGCAGCCGCAUCUUUGUGCACAACAAAAUAUUUUCAGAGUUCUUGGACAAGUUUGUAGCUGAAACAAAGAAGAUCAAAGUUGGCGUCCCUGAUGAUGACUCGACAGUAAUGGGUGCUCUAGUCAGUAAGGAACAUCUGGCAAAGGUGACAGGAUAUGUCAAAUUGGCGAAACAAGAAGGCGGCACAAUUGCCUGCGGUGAAGGGGUGGACUCACCCAUUCAGCUGCCAGACAAGAAUAAAGCAGGAUAUUUCAUGAUGCCAACUGUCAUCACGAAUGUGCCUGAUUUGGGGCGUUGCAUGCAGGAAGAGAUAUUUGGUCCAGUCGUCUGCAUUGUUCCUUUCUCUAAUGAAGAAGAAGUCAUUGAGCGAGCCAACAAUGUAAAAUACGGCCUAGCAGCUUGUGUGUGGAGCGAGAACAUCUCACGAGCUCACAGAGUAGCACAAAGACUACAAGCUGGGACAGUGUGGACUAACUGUUGGAUGGUUCGAGAUCUCAACAUGCCAUUUGGAGGAAUGAAAGCAUCAGGAAUAGGCCGAGAGGGAGUCGACGACUCCAUCAACUUUUUCACCGAGAAAAAAACAAUUUGCAUCAAACUGUAACACCAUAACCCAAACCAACAAAGACAACUACUAAUAUUAAUUAAUUAAUUAAUUCAACCCAAUGUAAAUGUCACGUGCACAUAGCCGCGCGAGCUAAAAAGACA